AUGCGCGAUUAUCCGUCCAUUCCGAAUGUAUUUCGUGUAAGUGGUGGUUCGACAAACAGCGUUAAUCUCAUCGACCGCGAAACGGCGGCGGCGAACGGUCGAAGUAACGCUAUUCAGUCAUUAAUUAGUCCCGGUGUUGGUGGUGGUGGUGAUACAACAAUCACAUCCGGCCGAUGUCCUCCGCCUAAGAAAACCGAAAAAGAUCUCUCUUCCGUUGGUAUUGAAUUAAAUUACCAUAACGGUAAGUCGUCGGCGGAAUAUUUACUGAGACGCAGUGCCACAACAGGAAGUAGUAGUAAUUCCAAUCGCCAUGUGUCCAUUGCACCAGGUAGCAAUAACUUCAAUUUUGUCGCGAACAAUAGUCAAUUGCGAUUGGGUGGUGGGGAUGGUGCAGCAGGAGCUAUUAAUAGUAUUUCCGGUGCUAUUCCGCCAGUGGUCGCAAAUGUCGGUGGCGGUGGUGGUGGUGGGUUUCCGGGUGGACCGAAUGCGGGUGCAAGUGUAUUCAGCGAAGGAAGUGACUUGAAUAUAAGUUUGAAUUCGUUUACAGACAUAAAUAACAUACCGUCCUGUUCGACGACGACAAUGGCACCGGCAACAGCGGCCACUCGACAUCACAGAGAGAAAUCGAGCACCUAUCUAGACGAUCGGGUAGCUUUAAAUCGGAGGUUCUCAAGUGAACGGAAUUCAGGAUAUUUCUUGUGGAUUAUGACACCUGUAGCUGCCAGCUUUUCUGUAGCUAUAGUCAUAGCUGCUUUGGCCGGUCCACAGUGGCUGUUCACCGAGGAGAAACUACCGAAUGCCAACUACAAUGGGACGGCGAAUUUUAACGCCCAGGACGAUGGCGCCUUCAUUACCAAAUACACAAAGUCCAGUUUAUGGAUUCUAUGCACGGCUCAGCAAGGAAUAGAAACCUACAACUGCAUUAAAAUCGACUACUUUCCCAAAGAAGGAUAUCAGCCGGAUCCACAUGACUCGACACCAGCUAUACCAUAUACAAUCACAAAAUCAUGUCCAUUCUUUUUGGCAUCUGGCGUCUUUCUAUUGAUUAGUUUCAUCGUUUUUCUGGUGCCAACGUGUUCACAUCAAAACAACCUUUACUAUUUUAGUUCGGGAAUUAUGUUUAUAGUUUCAGGACUUUUCAUGCUUAUUGGACUGAUUGCAUACAUUUCGAUUUUAAAAGCGGAAAUAGGUUCAAAACUACGCCCAAGGUCGACUUUGCAACCAGCCCUAUUCAAAGUCACAUACGGACAAAGUUUUUUCCUUUAUGUAUUUGGAUUUAUAUCGACAGAAUUUGUUGGAGUCCUCAAUGUGUUCCUGUAUAUUAGUUUACAGGAAGUUGGAUACUAUAGUAAACUACCUUGCCUCUCAUUUACAAAUAUUCAAGAAAAAAUAAGAGAAGGCGAAAAUCGAAGUUCCAAACAUCAUCCACAUCGGCGCAAGGAAAACCUUGCAGUUGCUGGUUACAAUUGCAAAAAGCAUCCCUCCAAUGUCUUCAAUGACCUAGAAAAACGAUACUAUUUUGAAAAACCACAAAAGUGUGACCUACAUUCGAAGAACAUUGCCAAAAGCUUAAACGAACUCUACACCGAACCAGCACCACCGCAUUUCCAUCAUCUACCCCCACAGGAUAUUCACUUUCAGCAACAGCAACACCACCACCAACAACAGCAGCUCCAGCAGUUCCAACAACAGCAACAUCAUCCUCAUCAACAGCAAUCCGAUUUUGCACCCCUAACACGAAGUGUAUCGACGGCAACAGAGAUUUUCUCUAAUGCUGCCAAUGGAAAUGCGGGCCAACACACUAACAUGCAUUUUCAAAACAAUAACGGCACCGAGAAACGAGGUUCAACCAUCACCACGACCACCACCAACAACAACAACAACACAAACACCUCGACCAAUGCUUCGACCACUAAAAAGCACCAAGCAACUCUAACAUGCAAACCUUCCCGAGAUGACCGACAUCAUGACGAAGACAAUGACUCCAUCGGAAGUGACGACGAUGCCGACGAUGAUGGCGGAGGAACACGGAUGCGAAAUGGCAGCUCAUCGUGUUCGACCACCACCACCGGCAUUCAGGACAUUUGUGGCUUAUCGCGUGGCAUUCGCAAGACAAAGGAUGAAUUUUUCAAUGAGUUUUGCAAAAAAGCUGGAGUUCGACCAAAACCUAAAGAUAUCUAUUUCAUCAAUGACCAUGAAGAUGACCCCCAUCAUCAACAUCAUGACGAUGAGAACAUCUAUAUUGUAGAUUGUGCCAAGCCACAAAAUUCCGGCAGCGGCGGCGGCGGGCAGGUACCGCAGCAACAUCAUCACCAUCAGCGCCAACAAGGAGGAGUCUACUAUCCAAACCUCCGACGGAAUUCAAUGUUCGUUGAUCUGCCACCGAGCAAUUCUCUGCGGAAACAGAACUCAAACUUAUCUCUGCAUGCGGAUAGCAAACUCUACCAAAAGAGCCUUUUCGACUUGGACCGGUGUGAAUCAGAAAUCUGGAACACAUACCCGGAGCAGUUUUAUGCGAAAGGCAGCACAAAACAAUUGCAGGACUGCAAUGUCUAUCAAAGUCGCACGUUACCAAGGUCGUUUAUGAAACGUAAUUUCGACUCACAAGAGAGCUUGCUUAUGUCAGGCGGUGGAGCGGCGACGACGAUGAUGACUGCUGGCAGCCAGGGCCGUUUAUCUGGACACAACCAUUAUCCAACAGCUAUCCAACAACAAGCAAGCAGGUUAUCGAAUGUUUCAAGGGAGGCGACGAACAUUUAUCGUUCAGGACAAAUGUUGCAUAAAUCUUGCGAGGACGUGAGAAAUUCUAUCAGCCAACAACAUGGUGGUGGUGUUAGUUCACGUAGGCCAUCAACUAAUCUAAUGCCAUCUGCAGUACAAUGGCCGUCGGCAAUCCCUACAUCACCCUCGAACUUUUCAAGUAAUUCGUAUUUGUAUGGAAAUCAACCACCCCAACAUCAACAUCAGCAACAACAACAUCAUCAGCAACAACAUCCUGCAAUGGCUGGCAGGGCGACGACGAAAUUCACGCGGACAUAUGGUUUUGAUGAUCGACGGGGUGAUGUGUCGACCGGAGGCGGUGUUUAUGACGCCUUCGAUUUGGAUGAAAUUGAGAGGGAACGCCGAAGGUCACAUGCGAGUUUAUUUGAUGGGCGUUAUGAUGUUAUUAACGGUACAGCAGUUUGAAGGCCGAAUAAAUACUGAAAUUUGGAGGAUAUUUACUGCCAAAAUAAAUAGACAUAAAUAUAAUGUAGCUACAUACUUCCUAAAAUUUAAUUUUAAGUGCAGCCCAUGGAAAAAAAAACAACAUUGUUAACUGGGACAUUUAACUUUGGGGUGAAAUAUUUGACAGAUAGUUGCGACAGUUAAAAUACAUAUUUAAAUUGUCAGUUUUAAUAUUAAUAAGGUGUUCUUAUAGGAGCUAAUAAAGUUUUUUUAAAUAAAAAUGUUUUCGUGUCCAGGAACAUAAGGCUUCUUCGGCCUAAAUAGCAAUAUAUACCUCUCUCGUUUAUUCACAAACGUCAAAGACUGCAAUUUGU